UAAAAUGAUUUCUUCCUGUCGGCGGGAAUGCUAAGUGAAAAGAACACAUAAAGGGGUUAAAAAGACAUGGCUUCGGGAACAAGAAAAUCGGGUCGGUUUUCUUCGGAAGCCCCAGAUAACACUAUAGCCGAUAUAUGGGUUUACUCCCAGCGCCAGGCUGCAGGACAGUUUGACCCAGAAGAAAUGAACAGAAAUGUUGACAGAAGAAGGCAGCUGAGAAAUGAAGGCUCAAACAGACAGUCAUUUGGAACUCUGCUAACAGAAAAUCAGUCGCCAAAAACAAGAAGUCAACAGAGAAGUGCUAAUGUUAAUGUACAGAGAUCUUUACAGUUGCUUGAUGAGGCUGUGGGGACUCCUGGGCCUCUGCUUAGAUCUGCCAGGAAAACUCCCCUUAAACAUAGCUCAUACACUCCUAAGCCCAUUCCUACAUCUGCCAAGUUUGAUGUCUCUGCCACACUUGGUGCCACACCAGGACAGUCCAUGAUGAUGGGGACUCCUAUGUCCCUCUCACAGAUAUCUAGAGUAGGUGAAAGUUUCAGUGACAGCUUGGGCUUCACUCCAUUACGAACUGGUGCUCAAGAGCCUCAUGGUAUGGAUGAGGACAUUACCACCACCAAUGUCGCCUUGCUUCUUGAGGAAGAUCCAGGACUUGCAGCAUCAACAGGGUUAUUUGGGGAUUUUCUCCAGGCUGUCAAAGAUCACCCUGCAGAACCUCAGGUGUUUGAUCUGAUAAAGAGCUAUACACAGGUCUGCAGUGAACAAGUUGUUCUGCUUAAGAAAUUAAUUAACAGAGCCACUCCUGGGCAUUCUAGAUUCACUAAAACCAUAGAUGUGUUGAAUAUACUUGAACAGGAGAAGAACACAUGGGCUUUGGUUGGGUCUCUGUUUCGAGACCGCCUGGAAACUGAGGUCAAGGGGGAUCAGGAGGAUAUGAUAGUGGACCAACUGGGAAAAAAGAUGAGUGAGAAAGAAAUCGUGGACAGACUAUAUGAGACAGACCACAGUUUAAGGCAGGGUCAGCUGGUGAUUGACUGGUUAGAACAAGUGGCUGCUGGAGAGCUGGAAAACUAUUAUGACAAAGUGGAGUUCUUUUCAGACCAGUCUGUUACAUGGGAGAACACACUUCAUUCCUUACAGCAAAGAGCUGGGGCUGUUCCAGCAGGCUACGACAGACCAAUUGUGGAUAAAAUGGACCCUGAUGCUCCAGUCAGACAGAAACGACCUCUAGCUGAUCUUGACCAGGAAGACGAGGGUCGUUUACUUAAAUACAUCUUUGUUUAUAUCAGGGCUGGGCAAUUAGAUGAGGCUCAGCGUCUGUGCUCAAAGUGUGGCCAGGCAUGGAGGGCAGCUACUCUGGAGGGGUGGAGACUGUACCAUGAUCCCAAUUACCACAGCCUAGGCCCAGGGGGUGAGGUCUCUGCUGUGGAGGGGAAUCCAUACAGAGAUGUGUGGAAGGCAGUGUGUUGGAGGAUGGCACAGGAGGACAGAUUUAACCUGUAUGAGAAAGCCACAUAUGCAGCACUUAGUGGUAACCUAAAAGAGCUCCUUCCUGCCUGUGAGACAUGGGAAGAUUGCCUGUGGGCCUACUUCAAGUGUAUGGUGGAUGCCAGGGUGGAGCAGGAGAUCAGAGUGGCCACUAUGACUGACAGACCUCUGGAGCAGCUGCCGGGAGCCUUCUGGGAUAAAAUGCUAACACCACAGGCAAUAUUUCAAGAAAUUCAAGCAAGUGACAAUGAUGAGGUCAGAUUGGAGGCAAAUGAAAAAUACCAUAUAAUUCAGAAGUAUAUCAUACUAGAUGAUGUGCCAGGUUUAAUAGAAGAGAUGUACAGCUGGUUGUCAAACUCUGGCAUUAAGCCUCCACACCAUCUUAUCCGCUUCAUGGCACACUUGGUACUCUUCCUCAGGACUAUAGGAAAAACCACUAAAGAAGAGAUGUGUACUUUCAUCCUAGAGAGCUAUGUGAUGAGUUUGAUAGAGGAGAAACACACCACCCUGGUUGCACAUUAUGUGUCCACUCUGCCUCAGGACCUACAGCUGGAGUGGUAUGCUAGGUUUUUACAAGGUAUAGAGGACAGGGAAGCCAGGCAGCAAUGUUUGGCACUAGCUGAAGAAGCUGGACUGGACAUUCCCAAUAUAACCAAAUUAGUGGUGGAGAAAAUAAGAACAAAGGGGCCUGAUUUUAAGAUUGACCGGGAUGCUGCUUUAGAAGCUGCCACUACAGAGGAAGACCAUCAGAAGAUAGAGGCAAUUGAUUGGCUGGUGUUUGAUCCAUCCCAGAGAGCAGAAGCUGUACGGCAGGCCAAUGCCGUCAUGAGGACCUUCAUAGCCUUGAAGAAGCAUGCUGCAGCCAGAGAAGUGUUCAGUAAAAUACCCCCUGGGUCCAUAGAUAUAAUAUAUAGAAAUUGUCAGAUGCAGCAUGGUACCACAGAGUUACCAGCAGAAGAUGACAAUGCAAUCAGAGAAUACUUGUGUCACAAGGCCUAUCUGGAUGCCCAUGAUUCUUUUAAUGACUGGUUUGAGCACUACCACAAUGCAAAGCCCAGUAAGCCAGACGUUCCUCAGAAAGCCAGCUUCACUGAGAGGGUGGCCUUUGAGCACAGGGAGAAACAGUAUGAGGCAGAUAUGGAUAGGUGGCGCCGCUCUCUAGAGUUACAGACCAAAACCACAGUGGAGAGAAUUUAUAAUGUUUUACUAUUUGUUGAUGGAGGAUGGAUGGCAGAUCAAAGACAGGAUGGACCCAAAGAUAUGAACCGGCUGCACCAGAUGAGGCUGUUACGUCAACUGUGCCUACCCACCAUGUGUUUCCUCCUUCAUUCCGUCCUUCAUGCCACAGAACAAUACAAAGAGUGCUUGCAGCUGGCUGACACUGUGGCUACAGAACAGCAUGGUUUGUACAAGGUCUUCAGAAAAGAUGAACUACAAAAAUUACUACAGCUUCUCAGAGACUCCUCCAUAGCACUGUUGGACUGUAAUCUUGAUCCACUUGGAUAUGACAUGAAAUAAAACUUAACAAAGUAUAAAAGGUGAACAUUGAUGAACAAUUGGCUAAACUGACCUUGAAAGUUGAACACACUAACAAAGGAAAAAUUCAUGAGUCAAAGCUGCUUCUUUGAAUAUGAAAUACAGCUGUUUCAGCCAUUACAGAGAGAAAUGUUCUAAGCAACCAAACAUUGAGCUAUUCUUGAGGUAGUGAAGAAUUGUGGCCCUUCACCAACUAAAAUAGGCUAAAAGAAUGAGAAUUUGUGCCACCUGAAGCCCCCCACCCCCCCACCCCCAAUCUUCUCAGAGGGGCAAUUAGUGUAACAUACUGUACAGUCACACCUUAAGAAGUCAUUUAUCUGUCCCAAGGAUACCUUGAAUAUAAGAAGUGGAAAUAAAAAGAGCUCUUUGUACUUUGUUUUAUAUGACUCACUAUCUGUACAUUUGAAUAAUUAGGUAACAACCUUAUUCUAACAAAACAAGUAUCUGUUCUCAACUUUGGAUGGAGGCCAAAAUAAACAAGAUGCCCCCAGAAGUAUUUUACAUUUGACUGACA